CUUGGAAGGUUUGCCUCUGUUCCUGACGACGGGCCUGAUUGGUGGUGUUUCUCAUCCGCUGAAGGCCACAGCCUUCAACCUGAUCUACUUGCUUGGUCGUCUAGUGUAUUCCCAUGGAUACUACACUGGAGAUCCUGACAAGCGUAGAUUCGGCGGCUUCAUGUACAUCGGUUUCUUUGGCAACAUCGGCCUCACCAUCUACACGGCUCUGUCGCUUCUCAACCUCGUCUAAGUGUGCUGCUUGUGUUUACCUUAGCCCCUACAUGCAGUGUGCUCUGCGCCAUCUCUACACAUACACAGCCCUGUCUCUCCUGAAGCCCUGUCUCUCCUUGUUUAUGUGAUCGUGUUUAGUUUAACCUUGUCUAAGUGCUUGCGUGUAGAUUAGACCCCGCACUCGUGAUCAUCGUUUACAGUUUAGCCCAGCGUGCUCGCCUUGUGAUCGCCGCCAGAUUCAUCUUCAACCUGGUGGUGCUGAUUCCUGUUAGUGCUGUCUUAUCCUCAAAUAACAAUUGACAAGACGCAGGAGAGGAUUGCCACCGUGGCUGGUUCUAGCCUCGUAAUGGCCUGGUGGGUGGCAUGGACUUUCUCACGGGUUGCGUAACGGAUACUAAGCUCUGUGUGUAUGUCUGUAUGCGUGCACGUGUCGUACUAUGCUCUGCCCAAACUACCACCCGUAACAGAUCCUUUAGCUAGUGGCGACAUGUUCUUCAUAUUCACUAGUACUGUUGUUCUUUGUAACUUUGGUUGUCUAUGCUCGUCGUAGUAUUUAUUUCAAUGUUUUGUUGGUAUUUGAAACAAGGUAUUACCCUUGCUCACUGCACUUUCCUGUCUGCUGCUGACCUUUCCUGGGAGUGUUAGCGUAUGUGCUACGAGGAGCAUAGGUCCUCUUCAUUCACUGCUAGUCUGUAUUCCGUUUAUCCAGUAUCGUUGUCUGCCAGCCACAGCUA